UUAAAGGUGAUUUAGUACAGUUCACUUCGGCUUGGUGAUCAGACAACAGUAGUCCAGCUAAGAUCAACUCAUAAACUAGCUGCGGUACCAUGGCUCAAAAGUUUUGCAUUGCCUUUGCCCUGCUGGCCAUUGCGGCCAUUCGGGCAGCUCCUUUCCAUGGCCACGAACAUCAUGGUCAUCAUGGCGGAGCCACCAGUCACGCCUCCGUACAUCUAACAUCCCACGAUGAUCAUCACGAGGAACAUCACGGUCAUCAUCACGAUCAUCACGGACACGAGGAACACCACGACUCGCAUGCCGAGUACGACUUUAACUACGGAGUCAAGGAUCACAAGACUGGUGAUGUGAAGUCGCAGAGCGAAUCACGACAUGGCCACAAGGUUACCGGACAUUACGAGUUGAUCGAUGCCGACGGUCACAAGAGAACUGUCCACUAUACGGCCGACAAGCACAAGGGAUUCGAGGCCCAGGUCCAUCGCGAGAAGCUCCACGAUCACCAUCAGGUGGAGCACCAUGGUCAUGGACACAGCGGCUAUGAGGGCGGACACGUUGAGUUCGAAGAGCAUUCCAUCUCCCACUCCGGACACGACUAUGGCCACGGACACGAAGGACAUGGCCAUGGCCAUGGUCACGGACACGGCAGCAGCUCUCACAGCUACUCCCUAAAACAGGAUCAUGGUCAUGGACAUGGAACACAGCCAUGGUCAUGAUCACGGCUUCGAGCACGGACACGGCUAUCACUGAGUUGCCUUCUGAAAUUUCUAUUUGUUUUUCCUUCCCCUAUUGAAAGUGUACCAAAUACCUAUUGUUGUUAUACCAAAAUAAAUCAGGCAAAUACUA